AUGCGAAGGCAAUUCCGAUUUAAACAAAUUCCUUUUAAGGAGCCUCAAAUCGAUCCUAUUGAUGAAAUAAUUUCGCAAUUAUCCGACGAAAUGCAAAAAAAUCAAGAUCAUCCGCUUUGUAAGCUAUUAGAAGAAAAUGUUAAAUGUACGCAACAAUUAGCAGAAUCUUUAGAAGAAAUGAGUAGUAUUUUAUCUGAUGUUUCAUCGAAUAUUAAUAUUAUUCCUCAAGGGAAAUCAAAUUACACAAAAGCCGAACAGAUUAAGGCAGAGCUAGAAGCUAGGUUAAUUUUUCACGCAAAAUGCAAUGAUCCAAAUUGGCCAGUGAACAGAACCCCAAAUGAUGGCUCCAAUAGCCAACCGAAUACUUGA